AUGCAUGUUUCCGUUCCUAUAGUCGAACUAGUUGAGUUGCCUCCCGAUCAACUUGUUGGAGCCGUCCUCAGGAGAUCAACUGCUAGCGUAGCCACAGCGAGUCGUUCAAGAUGGUCGAUCAAUCGCGCACUUUCUUCUACUCGACUAAGAGACUGCCCAAAAAGAGACGUUGUCGAGAAGGUCUUCUUGUUGUACACUAUCGUGUGGAUAUUGAGGCACCUCUUUUAAGCCCCAAAAACAGAGAACAGGACAGGCUCUUCUGGUCAACGAGGCUUUCCAGAUGACUUUGCUGACUUUGGAGAAUUGAAGCGGUGUUCUGGACAAAGGCUACUUUGUCAAACUCGUUGUCGUUGACGUUGACGAGCCUUCCAGCAGAACUUCUAGAUUCAGAAAUCAUCCACGGCUAGCGACGUCUUCGAAGCACUGCUUGGCCAUCUUCUGAUCGGCGAUGCGCAGCUGAGUUUGAUGAUGCACGCCUCCAGUCUUGAACGACUGGAGCGACAUGAAGAGCGACUUCCUCUGGACGCACUGAGAGGAGCGCGAAUUGUUUGCUUUCAUGCAGCAUGCGAGUCGGCGUUGCGGCUUGAUGUUUCGAUUAUCAAUCGAUUAUGUAGUGCUGGCCACCCGUCGACUGGAGCAAAGUACGACUUGAUUCUGUGA